CACGCCGUUGCCGCGGAGACGACGGCGGCCGCGGCCAUGGAGCCGAGGGUCGUGAAGCCGCCCGGGCAGGACCUAGUAGUGGAGCGCCUCAAAAGCCGCUACGGACUCGGGGGCGGCUGUCCCGCCGAGCCGGGGCGUCGGUGUUCCGACCGCGCAGAGCAUCAGAGGCGGCCUCCCCGCACCCCAGUUGAUUUCGAUAUCUACUCAUGUGGAGAUAAAGUUGGUUCACCAUUAAAAUGUGGUUCUGGUGAAAGGACGUGGGGCCCAGCAACCCUCUGUGGUUCCCUCCAGCGCAGACCUGAGAGAUGCCUAGAUGAUGAACUGGAUCCUUUCCGAGAUUGGAAGCAGCGGAAAACAGAAGAGUUAAUUGGGAAUGGCCACAGGGUUAAUGCCUCCAAAGUAAAUGAGCAGCCGUUUAAAGAAAUAGAAAAGGCACUUGCCUGGCCAACAAAUUUGGCCUCAAAUUCAAGAAAUUGGACUGACUGUUGUAGUAAUGCAAGUGUCUCCCCUGCGAGGCAGGCCCCAUCCCCGGGAUCCAAGGCAUCAAACAGGCAGAGUGUGCUUCCUCAUCAGAUCAACCAGAUAUACGAUGAACUGUUUCACAUCCACCAGAAACUGCAGUGUGAGACCACAGCACAGCAGGAGUUCGCUGAAGAGCUUCAGAAGCGAGAACGUUUCCUGGUUGAAAGAGAACAGCUGCUUUUCCAACAUGAAACUGCCUUGAGUAAAAUUAAAGGUGUCAGAGAAGAGGUUCUUACAAGAUUCCAGAUUAUAAAGGAGCAACACGAUGCAGAAGUUGAGCACUUAACUGAAGUUCUUAAGGAAAGGAAUAAAGAAAGCAAGAGGCUAAGGUCCUCUUUUGAUGCACUGAAGGAAUUGAAUGAUAGCUUAAAAAAGCAGUUAAAUGAAGUAAGUGAAGAAAACAAGAAGUUGGAGGCCCAGGCUAAAAGAGUUCAAGCUCGUUUGGAUAAUUUACAGAGGAAGUAUGAGUUCAUGACAAUACAGAGAUUGAAAGGAAAUUCUCAUGCUGCUCAAGAAGUGAAAAGUUUAAAACAAGAAAAAGCUCCAGUGUCAAAACCUUGUAAGGUACCACUUAAUGGACAGGUUUAUGAACUCUUAACUGUCUUCAUGGACUGGAUUUCGGAUCAUCACCUCAGCAAAUUGAAGCAGGAAGAAUCUGAGGUGGACGGUGAAAAGCCAGUGCUUGGACCUGCCUCUCAGAGAGAUGACAUUCAGGAGAAGUGUGUGAAGCUCCUGCCUGUGAUGGCCGAGCAGCUGCAGUGGAUGCCCCUUGUGAACACCAAACUCCACGAGCCAUUUGUGAAGUUUCUGUACUGGUCUCUGCGGCAGCUGGAUACUGGAACCCAGCACUCGACUCUGACGUCAACACUGAGGAGACUGGGUGAAGACAUAUUCAAAGGCGUAGCAGCUAAGGGAGUGCAGGAGAACUCUGUGGUGCAUUCGGUGGAGAGCAAACCAAGGACAGCCGCUUUCUUUAAGAGUUCCAGUCUGCCUCUGAGAUUUUUAUCCACUUUAAUUGUUCUCAAGACAGUCACUCAAGCUGACUUCCUGGCUCGGGCAUUCGAUUCUCUUUGUGUGGACUUGAAGACGGAGGAAGGAAAAGCCUUGUUUUUGGAAUAUCAAGCUGUUCCAGUGAUACUAAGCCACCUAAAAGUAUCCAGUAAAGGACUCCUGUCCAGUGUCAUCGAUAGUUUGCUUCAGAUGACAGUGGAAUCUAGGUCCCUGCGGCCCUUCCUGGCGGCCUGCAGCACCUCGCUCUUCUUCCGCACCUGCUCCGUGCUGCUCCGGGCCCCGAAGCUCGACCUCCACAUCCUGGAAAAGCUCAGCAUUAUUCUACAGAAGCUCUCCAAGAUCAAGAGUAACAAGAAGCUCUUUGAACUGUUUACAAUUCACCUGAUGCUUCAGGAAAUACAAAGGACAACGCACCCAGAGCACGCCUUCCUCUGUAUUAACCUAAAUUCAACUCUGUUCAAUUUGGGUUUGACAAAAUCCAACUCCCUGGCCUCCGGUGCAAACCAUUAGAUUGGAUUAUUCCUUAGAGAUAUUAUAGACAUGUUGCUAUUUGUCCGACUGUAAAAAUCACCAAACUAACUAAAAGUCUACCAAGUGAAGUUAUGAGUAGCACCAUUUAUCAUGAAAAAUAGAACAUUUUUUUAACUUAUGAAAUGCAGCCUGUACAAGCUGUGUAAGGUUUAGAAUGUUUCAGCUCAGCUGAGGCAGUGGAGACGCACAAGGUGGGGUUUCCAGAACUAAAGGCAUGGGUUGACUGUUUGUAAAAAUUAUGUGAUUUGUAAUAAAAUUGGUGUUUGGGAGCGAA